AUGGGUGUAACAUGUCCGACGAAGGAACUGGGCACCAAGUGCUUCGAAUGUGGAGAGCAUGGACACAUUGCUUCAAAGUGCUCGAAAAAAAAUAGUGACGCAAAGGACGCGGGUAGUGCAACGAAAAAUGUUUGCGUGGCGACGCACUCUUCGCGCAAGAAGUAUACGAAAGACGUAAUGAUUGACGGUAAAAGUACGACGGCGCUUAUUGACACGGGGAGCGAUAUUUCAUUAAUGCGCGCGGACGAAUAUGUAUGUAUGGGAUCACCGCGAUUCCGAUCGACUGAAGUUAAAUUUUCGGGAGUAGGAUCCGAAGGCAUUGCGGCGUUAGGAGAAUUCGAAGCUAAAAUCACGAUUGACGGACAUACCUAUCCGAUUCUUAUUCGAGUUGUCUCCGACACGAUUUAUUUUUGUUUCGCAAACAGUGACGAACUGCCAGUGCAAUUGACUUUACCGAGAGCGAUGCGAGAAGCAAAAAAUAGGCAGCAAUUGUCGUCGCUGGCAUUGCUGGGCCAAGAAUUUUGGCGAUAUCCAAUGGCAAAUCCGAAACCACCAGAAAGCAGCAGCAGCAAUACAUCUAGUCUAAGUAGUUUUCAUGGAGGUAAUAAUAACCAUCAUAUUAACAAUAAUAACAACGUGGAUACACCUACCACGGAGAGCAUAGUGCUUAACUUGGCUCCAAUAUCGUCUUAUAAUAUACAUACCCCCUCUCCAACGGAUACUGUUAACGCGAUUGCUUCGACAUUUGCAUCAUCGUUGCCGCGUCAGCCACGUCCAACUCCGCCAAAUACUCUCAAUCUGACAACUUUCAACGAACCUUUGAAUGAUACCAAAAAGGACCGAAUCUCGCCUCCAGGUGACAAACUAUCUCACAAACUAAUCUCGCCAAAUCUUGUGCAAAGUGUGCGUUGUCCUUCGCCAGUAGUGCACAACGUGGAAAAAAACGUAUUGAGUCCUCAAGAUAUGAGGAAUUUUGACACUCCAAAAAACGGUCUGGAUACGUUAAAAUUGACGACAGUUGAAUUUACCAAGAGUUCAGGAAAGUUCACGUCCAUCUCGAGUUUUCAUCAAAACAAUCUAUCGUGCGCCACAUCACCAGAAUUGGUAGAUAGGAAUAUCAUUGUCGAGAAUCAAGGAGCUAGGCAAAACAUGAAGACACCGCCGCCGCCGCCGCCAAGAUGGGCCAAACCCGGCAUUAAUCAGAAUCAGAACAAUUUUACCGUGACUACGACAGUAACAUUUAAUGUGAAUCAAGGCAACAGUUUGAACACUUCACAGCAAAACACACCGUCGGAUCCCAACACGUCACUGUUGAGUCCUCAAUCUAAUAAAUCUCUUAAUUCCAAUUUUUCUAUCAAAUCACCCCUUUCGCCUACCACUCCGGUUUUAUCCCCUACCUCAAAGCUGAUUCCAAAAAUACCCAACAUGCUCUCUCCAAAUACUCCUUCUAGCACCAGUAAAUCAAAAAGGCGGCGCGAUCGUGAGAACCGAAAAAACUCCCAACACUAUCAAGAAUCGGACAUUUUGGACUCGUAUUAUCGUAGUUCGCCGGCCGAUAAGAUUUCCGAUUACGAAGACAUCUGGAACACGACUGACCAAUCGACACAGUCGACCUGGAAUGAUAGAUUGAAAAAUAACAGGUUCGCUUACACCCCGCAAGAUUGUGUCAACAAUUCUAAUGACCAUCUGAUGAGUCCCAGAGAAUCCGAAAAGAGUCUUAUCAAUGAAAGGUUACCAGUAGGAGAACAGAUGGUUCUGAAGAAGGACAAAUUCAUCCUAAAAAAUGAUAAAAUGGGAUACAAAGAAAUGAUGAGUCCGGAACUUAGUAGUUUUAAACCUGUUCCGGAGAUGAAAAGUCCUGACCAGAACUCGUUCGAGGAGGCUGUGGGGAAAAGACCCGAUCUGCUAUCUAGAGUUUGCAGUGCCAACUCAUUGAAUAGUCCCAACACAAUGACGCCUCCAAGAAACAAAUUAGGUCUUGUUUUGGUGAAGUCGGAGAGCAAUAGUCCUCAGGCUUCUGAAUCUAAACAGAGUAGUCCUUUCUAUGCGGAACCAGCUGAUGCCAUUGUGCAAAACACCGUUAUUCCGAGAAGACGGCCAACCAAAAAUAAUCCAGCAAUGAACAAGUACCGGCACAGUGAACCAGGUUGGUUACAAACUUCGACAGGGAAUAAUACUAAUCAAUUGCAUCCUAUUGAUUGCUGGGAGGAGCCCUCUGAAGAGACCGAGGAUAAGACGCCAUUAAUCUCGUCGUCAGUCGACAACCUAACGAAAAGAUUAACUCAAACUAAGGAGAUAAAGAAGAUUUCUCGGGCGAAACCUGUUCAACCACCGAAGAUCAAGACCAAAGUAUUUAAUGACACUUCUUGGGCGGUAGAUUCUAGCUGGGAAUUUAUUGGAAAUGAGGUCGAAGAGCCAGAUUGCGAACCAGACUAUGACUGUGAUGCUGAUUAUAAUGAUGACAACGUCGCAAAAUUUCUAGGUAAUGAGGAAUGUAAUAGAAACAUUGUUGGAAACAUUCUGACUGUUCAGAAUAUUAUUUUGCAACGAUAUCCGGAAUUGUUAAAGCCAUCAGACACAUGUGAAUCGUUAUAUAGCGACCGAAACUCUUCGUAUGACAAUGUGGAAAAACGGAAUGGUGAGUGCGAAAACACUCUGGACCUACGAAAAGAUCGCAUUCACGAUCCUUCCGAAUGGGAAACCAUGCUAGAUACCGACGCAGAGAGUGAUAUAGAAAGGAUCAAACGAAGCAGAAGUUUUAAAGAACGCCUGGAUCCUCUUUUGUCACCACCGCGAGUGCAAGCGCUUGCAAAAAAUCGCGAUCAGCUAAAUGGGACUGGAGCGGCUAUUAGAGCUUACGCUCUUCAACUUGCGGCAGACAAGACUACAACUUUCUCGCAGAAUAUCGACAACUUUAUUCAAUGCACGCGAGAGAGCAAGGAAGCGAUCCCGCAUGUGGUGAUGCGCAACAUGCGGCAAUUCAUGUCGGGCAUGAAGAAUUAUUUGGUAAAACAUGGUGAGCGUGGAUUCGAGAGGGAAGUGGAAAAGGAACGAUUGAAAUUACGACCGAACGAAUUCCUUAAUCUUGACGCGAUUCUCGAGGAUGUAAUGAUGGGUUUGGUGGUACGGCCUCUCCGAGAACAUGUGUGCCGACUGUUUAUCGAGCAUUAUUUCGCCACCGGGGCGCUGCAGACUCUAACAGAGAACAUCCAGCAUGCCCAGGGCAAGACUAUUCACGAUCUCGGUGUGCAAUCGAAGAUUAUACCCCCUUCGGAAGAAAAUCUGGAGCGCAUUCUCAAAUGCAUCGAGCGAUUGCAGAGAGUCGAUUCUCCACUUGAGAAAUUAGAACAUCUAUUGGCUGCUAUCUCGACCAUCUUCAAUUCUGUGAAGCAAGCUAACUCAGGCAGACACGUUACGCUGGGCGCUGACGAUCUUUUACCGCUGGUAAUCUGGGUGUUGGUACGCGGUAAAAUAGUUGAUGCGGAGAUCGAAGCUGAGUAUAUGUGGGGUCUACUGCAUGCUUCCCUUUUAAGUGGCGAGGGUGGCUAUUACCUGACAACGUUGUCGAGCGCAGUACACGUUUUAAAGACUUUUAAAUCCAGUCAGAGCACCAUGACCACAUUAAAUGUAAGUAAUAAAUAUUGUUGA